AUGUAUAACACUGGUGUUAUUGUGUUUUUUGUCAUCCUCAUUGGUUCUAUCUAUGGAGCUCCAAAAGCUUCACAAUCGAUGAUCAGUACAGAUGUUAAGGAGUUGAGUUCAUUACUUGAAAAGUUUUGGUCUUUUAUAUCAAACACAAUCUUAAAAGAAACAAAACAAAAAUGUCAAGCCUUGGCGAAAUGUUGUUCAAGCAAAGAUUAUUCAAAGGCACUCUCAUUGAUGGCCGUAAAUUUUUCUAUUGAUCCAUUACCUGUUAUGUUUUCUGCAUGUCUUGGUUCACUUGAUCCUAGUCACCUUGCCAAAACAUGUCCAUCGGCACUAAAAUUUGAACCUGACUCUGACACAGAUGAUGAUAAUUCGAAUCCAUUUAUUGCACAACUAAACAAAUCUCGUGAACCGAUACGAGAUAUCCUUCAAAAUAUAGCCCGUGUAUGCAAAUCACAUGAAGCUUAUUCAUACAUAUGUCUGUCGAACAAGAAAUUAUUACAAACAUGCGUCAAGAAAAUUCUACAAAAACAAUUGAAUACUAAUGGAAUGAAAAGUUAUAAAGAAUUAAAGAAUAAUUAUAAAAAUGCAUUUAAUAGUAUCAACAUUCUUAUGGAAAUGGUGAAAUCAGUAACCAGUAUUCAAUCAUAA